CACCUCCUCCCAGCCCCUGCUAUGUACAGUCUACUGGAGAGUGAGAUGAAAAGCCCGGUAGUACAAGGGACUCCGGCGGGAGCGGGCAGCACCGCUGCCCCCGGGGGCACAGGCAAGAGCGGAGCGAACGCGGGAGGCGGGGGAGGUGGCGCCGGCAGCGGAGGCGGCGGCGGCAGUAGUAAUGACCAGGACAGAGUAAAGCGACCCAUGAACGCCUUCAUGGUGUGGUCCCGGGGUCAGAGACGCAAAAUGGCCCUAGAGAACCCCAAGAUGCACAACUCGGAGAUCAGCAAGAGGCUGGGAGCCGAUUGGAAACUGCUGACAGACGCCGAGAAGCGGCCUUUCAUCGACGAGGCCAAGAGGCUGCGCGCCGUCCACAUGAAAGAGUAUCCAGAUUACAAAUACCGGCCCCGUCGGAAGACCAAGACGCUACUGAAGAAGGACAAGUACUCCCUGCCCGGCAACCUGCUGCCCCCCGGGACAGCGGCCGUCAACAGCCCCGUUGGGGUGGGCCAGAGGCUGGACACGUACGCACACAUGAACGGUUGGGCGAACGGGGCGUACUCGCUGAUGCCAGAGCAGCUAAGCUACACUCAGCACCCGGGCAUGAACAGCCCCCAGCUGCAGCAGAUGCACCGCUACGACAUGGCCGGCCUGCAGUACAGCCCCAUGAUGCCGGCUGCCCAGACCUACAUGAACGCCGCGGCGGCCGCCGCCGCCGCCUCCACCUACGGCAGUAUGUCGCCCGCCGCCGCCUACGGCCAACAGCCCGGCGCUGCCGCUGCUGCGGCCGCCGCCAUGAGCCUAGGCUCCAUGGGAUCCGUGGUGAAGUCAGAACCCAGUUCACCGCCGCCGCCCGCCAUCAGCGCCCAUUCGCAGAGGGCUUGUCUGGGCGACCUGAGGGAUAUGAUCAGCAUGUACCUCCCGCCGGGGGGAGACGCCACAGACGCUUCGUCCCUGCAGGGCAGCCGAUUGCACAGCGUUCACCAACACUACCAAAGUGCCGGGACUGCGGUGAACGGCACCGUGCCACUGACUCAUAUCUGA